AUGAGCCAUGGGGACAAGGACGUCUUCUCCUGCCGAGGCAUCCUGCUAGCCGUGAACUGGUUUCUGGACCGAGGCCACACCGACGUCACCGUCUUUGUGCCUUCCUGGAGGAAAGAGCAGCCGAGACCCGACGUUCCCAUCACAGACCAGCACAUCCUCCGUGAGCUGGAGAAGAAGAAGAUCCUGGUCUUCACCCCCUCCCGGAGGGUGGGGGGCAAGCGGCUGGUCUGCUACGACGACCGCUUCAUUGUGAAGCUGGCCUACGAGUCGGACGGCAUUGUGGUUUCUAAUGACGUCUACCGCGACUUGCAGACGGAAAAGCCGGAGUGGAAGAAGUUCGUCGAGGAGCGCCUGCUGAUGUACUCGUUUGUGAAUGACAAGUUCAUGCCUCCGGACGAUCCGCUCGGGCGCCACGGACCCAGUCUAGACAACUUCCUGAGAAAGAAGCCAGUGGUCCCUGAGCACAAGAAGCAGCAGUGCCCGUACGGCAAGAAAUGCACCUACGGGAUCAAAUGCAAAUACUACCACCCUGAGCGGCUCCACCAGCUGCAGCGCUCGGUCGCGGACGAGCUCCGCGCCAACGCAAAGCUCUCCCCCACCCGGAGCACUGCGGCUGCCAAGGAGGAGCGAAGGAGCCGGCGUCCCCCCCCAGCCGAGUUCCCAGGUUCUGCCACCACUGAGGGGGAGAAGAUGCCCUCACAGAAGGCCGUGGUUGAGAAGAAGAGCUCGCUUCAGAAAGCCAUGCACUGUGACAUGCUGCCCCCCCACAAAGGAGGUGUCCACCUGAGCAGUGCCCUAGCCAAGAAGAAUGGCGGCAGUGACAGCUACAGGCCUCCCGAGCGGGGCCAGCCGCCUCCCGUGGCCCCCCGCACCGAUUCCCUCCCCUACACAUCUCAGGAGUGCCUCGACUCCGGCAUCGGCUCCCUGGAGAGCCAGCUGUCUGAGAUGUGGCCCAGCCACGGCACGCCCUCCCACCAGGAGCUGCUGGCAUGGAGCAGCCCCAGCAGGGGGCAGAGGCAGGUUCCCCAGCAGCCCCCUGGCCUCAAAUCGGGUGGCUACAGCCAGCACCAGCCCCUCCCGGCCUCCGACCCCCAGCAGCUGUACAGCCCGGACCCGUCCUCGGUCAGGCUGGCGGCGUGCUCCUUCCCGGGGUUUGGCCCGCCUGCUGACACACCUGCGGGCACUGGCCAGAAAUUCUGGUCCGAGCCCUAUCGGCCGCUGGCCACCGCAGGCAGGGAUCUGCCCGGAGCACAUCAGCUGGCCUACGAUGAUGCCUCUCGCCCAUGGGCUGCGCCCGACCGCUUUGCUGAGGAGCGGGCCAACGUGCAUAUCAGACUGUGCGGGAUCUUCCACCCCCGCCUGGUGGGCGCCGUCAUGAGCCGCUUCCCGCAAGUCCUGGACCCACAACAGCUUGCUGCUGAAAUCCUCACCUACAAGAGCCAAAAUCCAGGGAUCUGAGCCCGCAGCAGUAGCUCUAGAGGAGGAACGCGGUGUGGCUCCCCCUGGGGAGCACUCCUCUGACUCCGGUUGCACCCGUGUCCGUAGGAGGCACGCAGUGGCUCGUACCGGGUGUGCAGCCGCCUUCCCCCGGGACACGCGGAGGGCCAUGGCAGGGCCGGCAUGCCAUGGGUCAGGGUGCAGGGGGAAGGAGGCCUGUAGCUGACCACUGCCCUCAGCCCAGAUGAACAGAGCCGGUGGCGGGGGGAUGAGUGGCAGCCCAAACAUCUGGAGGGCCACCAGUUCAGAUGCAGGGUGCCUGUGGAGCAAGCAGGAGGUGCGGGAACAGGCCUGCCCAGUAGCCAGGAGGUCCCGGGACAGACGGGGAGGCCGACUGGUGAUGCAGAGGGUGUGGGCAAGCACCACGCUUGAUGCUCACCUCUUGGGUGGACUGGUCUCCAGGUCCUUGGUUCAGGUCACACAGCGCUUGGGGCAUGCGCCUAGGGUUGCGCGAGACGAAAUAUUGAGCAUCAAAUUCAGCUUUUACUUAAAACCCCAAAACAAAAAAGUGUAGUCUCAUGACUUGAAUGUUUCACAAGCUGGAUAAGCCAAGUGAGGGUUCCACAUGCCUGCCUGGUCCUUUGGCCGGCCUCUGGGGCCGUGAGCGCUCCAUGUGCCUUCCUGGCUUGCACCUGCAGGCUAAUUCGUGUUCACCGGUUCAAACUGUGCAAUAGUUGUGGCAUCUUGGUUGCUGCUGGAGUGGGUGCUCCUUCCUCCUCCUCCUCCUCCUCCUCGCAAUGGGGGGUUCUGCCUGCCAGGCUUGCAGCUUGCAAGAGCUUCCCUGAACAGCCGUCUUUCCAGCUGAGUCGGUCCUCUUGGAGGCAGCAAAGCAUAAUACGUUAAUGCGAUGCCUCUCUUAUAGCGUUGUAGUUCUAAGGUCUCUCGCUAUUUUAAACAUCAUGUAGCUCAGAGGGGAAGGCAGCAAGCUAGGAUGCCCAGACAACAGGCUGGAGUUCACAGAAAGCCGCCUUGCCUGGACCAGCGCUGCUGCUAUCUGGGAACAUUUUACCUCUGUGUGUCUGGCAACCCACCUGCGCUCUCCCAGAUGACCUCAUGACAUUCGGCUUACCUUUGGACUGUCUCCGGGGCUGUAGAAAGGUGUGUCUCUAAUCAGGGAAGCGAUGCUAUCCGGUUCGCCCUCUUCUGAAGCGGCUCAGUGUUCAUGAUGGGUCUGUCCAAUAUUAAUGGAUAUUGAUACUUUCGGUAAUGAAUCUAUAGCAAUUGCUUCUGGUCCCUGCUCUUUUGACAAAGGAAGUGUUUGAUUCACUUGCAGGCCAGGAGCAGUUGAUCUGUUGAUGCAUAUUGUAUCCCUCUUAUGUGUUCUGUAUUAAUUAAAGCGGUCCGACUUGUGGUUUGAGCUGUGGAUUCUCGGGUGGCAGGUGGGCAAGGAAAGGGCGUCACACACGCUCUGCCUCCGGGGAGUGCUCCGUGCAGUGGCAGUGGGGGCUGCCCAGCCCGCCCUUGCCUUGCCUGGCCUGCAUGCCACGAGGAUGGAUCAGCCGUGCCAGCACCGUGUGCUGCAGGGCCACACGGACACAGAAAACCCUGUAAGCCUGGUUAAUUAUGAUGCAUCACAGAAAUGUGAUGUUUCAUGUUAGUAAGCAAGAUGCUUCUUAACAAUUCUUUGUAAUCUUAUAUAACUUGCACAUUUUAUAAUUUUCAGUUUUUAAUGGAAAGUUAUUAACAGAAUCUCCCUCGGUGAUGCUGGUUUCCCUCUAUCCUACCCGUCAGGGUUGCUGUCCUAUAACUGGAGGAUAAUUCAAAUAAAAGAAUGUACCUGAAGCAGGUCUGGAACCUA